CCUUUCCACCAGAGGGCCUCAUAGCCAAAAAACCACCUCCUCCCAAGAUGGCGGAUCUUGCCAACAACUUCUCCUGCUACGACCCGUCCAUUGUUGGCUACCGCUACGUGGCAGUGAGUUGGGGCAUUGUGGUGGCCAUCGUGGGCACAGUGGGCAACGUGCUGACCCUGCUGGCCUAUGCGGCUGACGCCAAGCUGCAGACGCGCUUCAACCUUCUCAUUGUCAACCUGACUGUGGUGGACAUCCUGUACUGCACCUUCCUGCAGCCCUUCUCGGUCGACUCCUACCUCCAUCUCCACUGGCGGGCAGGGGCCGACUUCUGCCGUGUCUUUGGGAUGUUGCUCUUCGUCUCCAACUCCGUCUCCAUCUUGACGCUCUGCCUCAUCGCCAUCAGCCGCUACCUGAUCAUUGCCAACACCGCCCUCUUUGACCGCAUCUUCUCCCGCCUCGGGACGAUGCUUAUCAUCCUGGCCUCCUGGGUUGUCGGCCUGGCCAGUUUCGCGCCGCUGUGGCCCGUCUAUGUCUUGGUGCCCAAGGUGUGCACCUGCAGCUUCCACCGCCUCCGCGGACGGCCCUACACCACCAUCCUCUUGGGAUUCUACUUUGUGGUGGGUCUCAGCUGCGUCGGGAUCUUCUACUUCCUCAUCCACCGCAAAGUCAAGAGUGCCGCCUGUGCCAUGGAGCAAUACAAGCUGAAGAAAACCAGCUUGAAGAGGGGCCACGUGGCUGGUGCCAGUUUAGCCACACCAGGACGAUACCAAGAGCUUGACAGCGGGGUGGACAGCGCAGGUCCUUCCCAGCACUCCUGUGAGGCUCAGUCCUCUGAGUCGACUGCCAGUACCAAUCUCCCAUCAGCUUCCCAGGAUGGCGAAACACCUUCUAAGAAAGUUACCCCAUGCCAGGCCAAGGACAGCAACUCGGAUUUCCGCCGGGUGACCCGCAUGUGCUUCGUGGUCUUCCUUUUCUUUGUCAUCUGCUACAUACCCUUCCUGCUAAUCAACAUCUUUGAUGCCAAGAACCGGGCUCCAACCGUCUUGCACAUGAUCGCCGCCAACCUCACUUGGCUCAACAGCUGCAUCAACCCAGUGCUUUAUGCUGCAAUGAAUCGCCAGUUCCGCGAGGCUUACAGAGACGUGCUCUACAACUUCGCAAAGAGGUUCCGCUGCUGCCGCUAACUGGGAGCCGGGCCAUUCUCCAUCGCCGGAGGAGGGAUACGGUCUUCCCACCAACCCUGGUUUGCCCUCGGGGCUGGAAUGUCACCAGAAAGCAAAAAAUCUAACUGGGUUUUCCACACUGGACUAGAUUCCCAGUUCUUUAAUCCAGGCCUUCACAUGAUGCGGGCCCUGUUCUUUUGCUACUGUAUAUUAUUGUAAAUUGUAUUCCAUAUUCUGUCGUGGCCCCUAUGGGCAAUAGGUGAAAUCAGACUGAGCUGGUUUAAUGGGCCCUGCCUUUGGCAUAUUGUUGAAGCUGGAGGGGUGGCCUCCCUUCUGGAUUACAGAAAAUCUGUUUGGACUUGCCAAGCUUCAGAUAAGAAAGCAAAUGUUGCACCUCCACAAAGUCUCUCUUGGCUGGACAAUCGUCCAGUUUUAAUAGGAGCUAAGAGGCUGCAGCGCCUGGUCUGCACUUUGCUGCUAAUGGGUUGCAUCCAAUGCCCAACGUAGCUCCGUUGAUUUCAGUAGGACUAGCCUUGGACACAACCCUCUCUCUAUAUUUUUAACCAAUCUGUUUUGUAAAUACGUAUUUAUAUUUAUCACAGCACAACUCUGUUGACAAGUGCAUUCACCUCCUCGUGGGUCUGACCACAUGAUGGCAGCUCCCUCCAUAAAUGUUUUCACUGGCUUCCCACUGGCUCCCAGGUCUUGCAAAAGAACUUUGUCUUUGCCUUCAAAGCCCUCCAUAGCUUUGCCUUUCCUUAUCUCUCUGCUUGUACACCCUGCCAGCCCAGUCAAUGGUCAGGGGAGAUGGGAGUUGUUGUCCAACAACACCUAGAGGGACACAGUGAUCCACCCUUUUUCUGUAGCCUUUGCUGAUCCAGCACCACUAUUCCCAGAAAUCCAAUAAUCUUUUCGCCCCGCAAAUGGCUCCACCUGUUUUCCCCGGCUGCCCCUCGUCCCUGGAACUAGCACCCCAAUCACCUCCGUGAUGGCACCUCUUUCUCUCCUUCAAAUCUCUCCUUGAGACUCCCGUCUAUUCCCUGAAAACCUGCACAUGCUAUGUACACAGGAAGCUGGCUUGCGCUCAGUUAGAUCAUUGGUCUCAACAUAACUGACACCGACUGGCAGCUGUUUUCCGGGUUUCAGACAGGGGAUAAUCCCAGAAGUGCCUGGAGAUUCCAGGGAUAGAACUUGGGACAUUCUGCAUGCAAAGCAGAAAGAAAAAUGCAACAACCAGAACCUUACAUGGUGGUUUGCAUCAAGGGUGAGAAAACUGAGUUCUGCUGGGAUUCCUUUUUCUAUAAAAGCUUGGUUCCCUUCAUUUCCCUCCUGUACAUCUGGUCCCCUUUCAUUGUCUCCACAUUUGGACAUCAUAAUGUAGACCAUUUCAAAACCCAGUGUACCUGUACUAUAUAAUAUAUUGGUUGCCGGCCUAUUUAGAGAAUGUUUCACUGUCGGAUUAUGGCAUUUGCAUAAAUGUGUUGUUGUCGUUGUAAACCUGAAA